AGACAUAUUAAAACAUUUUUCUAAUAAAAUAAAAUAAAAACCCGAAACAAGAUGGAUGAUAUGGAUAAAAUUUUUAAGGACCUCGAGAAGAGAGGAAAGACUGAUGUAGAUAACUUGAUACAAUGGAUGAAAGAUUCGAAAUUGAUAGAAGCUUCAAAAGACCAAGAAAGUAAGGUCAAGCAGAUGUUUAAAGAAGUAUCUACUGUCCAACGCGUGGACCUGGAGAAGUUUAAAGCAGUGCUUGAGAAGUUGGCGAUUGAGCAGAAGAAAACAGUGGAACAGCUGUCUAAGCAGCUCGCUGAAGAAGGUCCACGCUUCUUGGAUGCCGCCGUAGCUGGGCUACAAGCCUUCCGCGACGCUCUAGAGAAGAAUAGACCUAAAUAGAAUGCAAUAAACC